AAAUGACCUUCAAGGUCGAUGACAUUUUGAGUUGGCGUCAGUAAUGCAAAGACGCAUUUUAUUCGAAGCAAACGCAGUAAAUCCAUUCUUUCGAUGUCACAUUUCUGGAGCGUCUAACAUAUCUUUGGUGAAGUCUAGUAUUUUAUGCGCUCAAGUAGUGAAGUUGUCAACAUCCUUCCAGCCUACACAUCUCGAAUUCAUGUACGACAAAAUGUGUUGUAUGUGCUGUUUGAUAAUCUUCAUGUUUGUUUAGCGCGGACGUUGUACAGAUUCCUGAUUUUUCGUAUAUUUCUAUCAAAUGAACAUGACUUCAUGUUCGAUCUUAAGUUCUCAACGGAUGACAGAAGACCAUUUGUAAUAAGCUUUUCCACGAAAUGUGAUUCGUUAUCCAUCAAGAGAUUUUGUGUGAUGGUUCCUCUUUCUUCGGUUUUGAGAUCAAUGUGGUUAAACCUUACGGUUGACUUGUUCUCUUUCAUUCAUGACCUGAAAAUUGGCACAAGUCUGAAGAAGCUGCAGAGUAUCACUGUUUAUCCAUUCUGUUUUUUGUCACAACUUGCAGUUACUUCAUGUACUAUCACUGAUUCCGCUUCUUUUGAUAGUUCACGAAAUUUUGAAAACAAGUCAUCAAUGAUUUAUCAAGUUUUGGAUGUUCCGAAAAUUCGUUUAAAUGAGUGGAAACAAACAGAGUUGAUUAAUUUUCAGUCUACUAAUAAUUCAAAGGAUCCUGAAAAGAUAUCAGAACUGAAAACCGUUGACAAGCACAAUUCUGGAUUAAAUUCCUCCAAUACUUCUUCAUUAGAAAUUCAAAGAAAUACUUCAGAUAAACAAAAUUCUGGAAAGCAACGAAUAUCCCUACAAGUUAACAAGGUAUGCAUUAAUGAACAAAGCUCAACUACGACCAAGAAGACAUUUAUUAGAUCAAACAUUACUAAAGAUCCAAGAAGUUUCAGCGCUGGAGCUGUGGUUAACCAUUCAAACAACAACAACAGCAGCAGGAAUAGCAAUAAUGAUAAAAUCACUUUAAAUCCUAAUCUUGAUGGGAGUGAUAAAUCAAACCAAUCAAAAACUGUGAAUGAUACGAAGUCAGAAAGUGAUGAAAAGAAUUCAGUUACACAAAAACUAUGUCAAUCUACUUGCUCUGGAAGUUUAUAUUUAUUCAAUAGUCUACCCCAACCUGCUCCAAACUAUUUUAUAACAGAACAUAAUAAAGAUAUCGAUGCUAAUGAGACUGAAGUUGAUGACACUGACAAUGAUAUGAUCUGUUCAGAAAGUUCAUAUUUCCAACGUAUCAGUGUAGAUCAAAACUCGCUAAAAGAAUUAACUGACACUGAAUUAAAAUUCAAAGUGAUUAUGGCGUCUGCUUCACAACCUUCAAAAACAACUUCAACUCCUCACAAUGUCUAUCAUUUCAACGAGUUGAAGAAUAACAAUUACUUCAAUAAUAAGAAUACCAAAGAAGGGAAUACACCAACUCCUAUAGAUUUAGCUGGAUACGAGAGAUCAGAUGAUUUAUCGGCCAGUUUUGAAGAAUCUCUUCUAGCCAGCUUAAAACAAGCAGCAAUGGGUGGGAAUUUAGACUCAGAUUUAUUAUUAAUGAAACAAGAGUUAACACGAAAAAGCGUUAACACAACAGACAAGUCAGUAAAGGCAACAGGUGAACAACAGCCUUAUCAACCCUCUGGUAUAUCAAAAUCAAUCCCGCUUCCAUCACAAAGUUCACCAUUAAAUCAUAUGAGAAAGAAUAUGAUAAACAGCAAUGAAGGUGAAAAGUGUGAUAUUGUAAAUACGCUUAGAAAGCAAAUAUUAAAUGUGAGUUUUAGUGAUCAUGAUGAUUAUGGUGAAGGUGAAGAUGUGACUACAAGCGAUGGUCUAGGAUCAUUAAUUUAUUUACGUUAUCAUUUAACACGUCAUCAUCAACACUGUCAACAUUAUCAUCAGCAUCUUGGAAAUGAGCGUCUUCAACAGAGAGACAACUUGUUGGUUGAUAUGAAUCAUCAGAUAUCACCGACAUCAGAGACCAGCACUUAUCGAAAGCAUAGUUACAAUUUUAGAAAUGAUAAUGAUAAUUCGUCUACCUUGUCAUUUAGUCAUCAAAGUACUCAGAGUAAUGAAGAUAUAUCACAAUUAAUUACUGGCGUUGAAGUAUCUAGUCAUUGGGGUACUGGAACAUUAACUUCAUCAAAUGAAAGUCUACCGUAUUCAAUUUGUGAAAAUGUUACAUCCAGAGGUUCAUGUGAACCGCUAAAUCAUCAAUUAAAACAACAUCAUACUUGUACAUUGAAUCAAACAAAUUCAAAAAAUACACUAUCAGAUAUAAAAGAAAAACAAAGUAAUAAUAAUUCUAUCAAUUCAAAUAAUCAACUUGUUGAAUUAAUAUAUGAUUCAAUAUUAAAUUGUUAUUAUGAUCCAAAAUCGGGACGUUUUUAUGAAUUAAUUUAAAGUAACUAGAGAACUAGGGGAGUGAUAACUUGAAAACAGUCAAUAAUGUGAUUUUUAUAGGUGAUAUUAUUACUAUUAGAUUUACAGUAUGCUGUGAAAUUUGCCGUGCUGUUUUCCUAUUUAAUUGUAUUUUACCUCUUCUGUAAAUGUAUAAUUGUACUCUUCAACUGAAUGUAACCAGUUCACUAGUAUUAUUAUUUGUUGAUCUGAUUCCAUGAACUUAUAGAUCAAGAGACAAAUAGAUAGACAGAUC